GCGCGCGGUUUUGAAAGCGGGGAGGGUCCCGUCCCAACGACUGUUACGGAGUGCUCGUGUCGGCGGGUGGCUGGCCCUGAGGCAGCCCGCGGUUGUGCUGAGGGCCACUCGGGAUCCGUUUUCAAGACAGCCUUAGCCUGGACCGCUCCACCCCGGCGCGGUUGCGGUAAGACAGAGAUCAUAAGCAGGCAGAGAGGAAGGCAGAGAGAGGAGGAAGCAGGCUCCCCACUGAGCAGAGAGCCCGGAUGUGGGGCUCGAUCCCAGGACCCUGAGAUCAUGACCUGAGCAGAAGACAGUGGCUUAACCCACUGAGCCACCCAGGACCUAAAGUGUUUAUUACAAUGGAAGAAAUCAAUAAUUUCAAGACACCAAGCAAAGUAUCUGAAAAAAAGAAAUCUGCAUUAUGUUCAACUCCAUGUAUAAAUAUUCCUGCCUCUCCAUUUAUGCAGAAGCUUGGCUUUGGCACUGGGGUAAACGUCUACCUUAUGAAAAGAUCUCCCAGAGGUUUGUCUCAUUCUCCUUGGGCUGUGAAAAAGAUUAACCCUAGAUGUAAUGAUCAUUAUCAAAGUAUGUAUCAAAAGAGACUAAUAGAUGAAGCUAAGAUUUUGAAAAACCUCCAUCAUCCAAACAUUGUAGGUUAUCGUGCUUUCACUGAAGCCAGUGAUGGCAGUCUUUGUCUUGCUAUGGAAUAUGGAGGUGAGAAGUCUCUAAAUGACUUAAUAGAAGAACGAAAUAAAGACAGCCAAGAUCCUUUUCCAGCAGCCGUAAUUUUAAAAGUUGCUUUGAACAUGGCGAGAGGGUUAAAGUAUCUACACCAAGAAAAGAAACUGCUUCAUGGAGAUAUAAAGUCUUCAAAUGUUGUCAUUAAAGGUGAUUUUGAAACAAUUAAAAUCUGUGAUGUAGGAGUCUCUCUACCACUGGAUGAAAAUAUGACUGUGACUGACCCUGAGGCCUGUUACAUUGGCACUGAGCCUUGGAAACCCAAAGAAGCUUUGGAAGAGAAUGGGAUUAUUACUGACAAGGCAGAUAUAUUUGCCUUUGGCCUGACUCUGUGGGAAAUGAUGACUUUGUCUAUUCCACACAUUAAUCUCCCAGAUGAUGACGAUGAAGAUCAAACUUUUGAUGAAAGUGACUUUGAUGAUGAAGCAUACUAUGCAGCUCUGGGGACGAGGCCUCCUGUUAAUAUGGAAGAACUAGAUGAAACGUAUCAGAAAGUAAUUGAACUCUUCUCUGUAUGCACUAACGAAGAUCCUAAAGAUCGCCCUUCUGCCGCACACAUUGUGGAAGCUUUGGAAAUAGAUGUCCAGUGAUCCCCUCAUUUUUGUGACUCCUGAGCUUUACUUUACGUUGGCUCAUGUAUAUAACUGUUCUGUUUAGUGUAAUACAUUAUAUAGUUACUAUGAUAAGCUGUAAUUACUAUACUUUUUGAAGUGACCAGCUUUAGGACCAUGGCUCUUAGAACAUUUAAACAAUUAUUUAUAUUUAACAUGUUUACAAUGGUAAGCAUUUGAGAUUGUAGAAGUUUUCUAUUAAGUUUAAGAAACUAGCUACUUAAGUAUGUGAAUUUGUUUGUACAAUUUAAAACACUAGCAAUAACACAAUACUAUACACUCUAUGUCUAACAAUUUAGAUUGAGUGACCAUUACUUAUAUUAAUUCCAAAAAUUUAUUUUAAUGGAUCUAUUGAGAUUAGCACUUUGCGCACUACAAAAUAAGUCCAUGUUUGCUUAUUAUUUUAAACCAUUAAACUUUUUCCUGGCCUUUUUGGCUGAUGUGCUUAUUACUAAAUAUGGUCACCAGAAGCUGAGAGAAUGAGGCUCAAAAGACUGGCUCCUUGGGUAUUUACAGGCAUUUUUGGUUCAGGCUUGCCUUGCUCUUGGAUCUCCCCAGGUCUUUCGCUUUUGCUUUAAUUUAUUAAAUGUAUUUUCUGCAUGGAGAUUCCUUUUUUAUUUUUAUUUAGUGAUCUGUCUUAAGCAUUUCAUAGUUCCGGUGUAAGAACAAUAAAAUUUGAAUAGGAUGAUAUAGAAUAAAGGAGACUUCAGUUACCAGAA